AUGCCUCACUCAAAAUACUCUGCCAUUGUGGGCACCUCCGUCUUUCAAGAUGGUGGAGAACCUUUCCGAAAUUACCGUGGAUUCGAACUACCCGAUAACACCACGACUUUACGUGAGCCCACCUCAUUCCGGGAAUUAAGUCAACUUUCGCUCAAUUUUGUCCUUAUCUACUCCUUCCUCUUUGUCAUCUCUGCCACCCUGAAUGUAUCCGAGCUUAUCAGUGUCAUCAGAUACGAUAAGCGCCACCGGAGGAGUAGGAUCGCUCAUCUGUACCGCCACCUCUGCAUUGCCGACCUCCUCGUCACUUUCACCUGCAUGUUGAUGGAAAUCCUUUGGCGAGUCACGAUCCAGUGGUAUGGGGGAAACCUGUUGUGUAAAGGGUGCCAGUUUUUGCAAGCUUUUUCGCAAUAUUUGAGCUCCCUGGUGGUAACGGGGAUCACGGUGGAUAAAUAUUUCGCAAUAGUGUAUCCUUUCAAGCUAGCGAGGGCGGAGGAGAGGGCCAAGUUGAUGGGGGGAAUUGCGUGGGUGGCUGCUACAGUGUGUGCUUUACCGCAGAUUGCCAUUUACAACGUCGCUCCACACCCAAACUUCCCAAAUUUCCAGCAAUGUGUCGCAGCCUCAUUUGUCCUUCGGAAUAAAGCCCAAGAGUUGACAUAUAGCAUAUUUUCCCUCUCCGUGGUCUACUUCCUUCCCGUGACGGUCAUCACUUUCACGUAUGGGAGCAUCCUCUGCAAAAUAUUCGACGCUAAGGAGAGCACCCACCAACCUGACAUCGAAUUAUCCGUAGAUGAACACAGAUCGGCAACUUUCUCCCACCAAGAGGAAAAUUCAAUCCCGGAUCACAACACCGCAAAAAUCGAUGGAGACUUUCCCCUUGACAAGAUUACUUCAAAAUCGAACUCAAUUAUCACAAAUGCAGAAGCACUUAAGCCUGAAAUUGUAUCCAGAGGGGAGCCAAUUUCACCAUUAGGAAUAAGGCCCCACGGCCUGAAAUUAGACGCUAAAUUGGAUCAAUCACGACUAAUUUCUGUUGAACCAGUAUCACCUCAGGGGUCAGACAGGGGUCGACCACCUCCAUUUCUGCGACGGAAUCAGGCCGGGGGUCGAUUGUUGGCGAGGGCGAAGGUGAAAACGCUUCGGACAACGUUUAUCAUUCUGGCUACAUUUCUCCUCUGUUGGACGCCAUAUGUCGUCAUGACGUCUUGGUACAUGGUAAAUCGUGCCAGCGCUUUGUCCUCAGCCCCGAGAUGGGUUCAAGACGGUCUUUUCGUCUUAGCAAUGAUGAAUUCUGCCAUAAAUCCGCUGAUUUAUGGGUCAUUCGGGGACCGAAGACUAUCCACGUCUGGCUGUUUUUCUAAAUAUGUGGCAAUAAUGUGCGGUCGGGGGGAGUCUUAAUUGAACCAUUGUGGUUACAUAUUAAACAGUGUAGUUGUAUUUAUAAAUGUAUGUAAAUAUUUCGUUAAAAUGUAUGAAUCUAAGUAUGUACAUUUCAUGUAUUUACGUUAUUCGAUACCACACAUAUUUAUGUUCAUAAGUGUGAAUAUACAUAAAUACAUUAUUUAUUGCCAAAGAAUUCUUAAAGUCAUACAUUAAGUUGUGCAUGUUAUGUAUGUACAUAUAUUGCCAAACUUGCAUAAUACUGGUGUCAAUAAUUAAUCAUUAAAUACGUAGUUUUAUUUAAAAAUAAUUACGAGACAUAUUUAUGAAAGAUAAAUAAGCAUCUAUGUACAUAUUUAAAUACGUAUCGUACUUAAAUCAUUUAAGUACGAUUGACUUUUACAAUGUUAAUGCCGCCCAGCAGACGGUG